CUCUCUCUCUCCCUCUCUCUCUCUCUCAAUGAAGACGAUGCAAGGUUUACGGAACUUCACAAACGACAACGUUUCGCUAGACCUAACGUUUCCUCCUCCAGCACCACCACCGGUCUCUUCCUCCACCGCCUCCACGAGCCUAUCUUUCGAUGAGGAGGAGACGUCAGAGUCCAAGAUCGAGCGGCUGAUAUCUGAGCACCCGGUCAUCAUAUUCACUAGAUCCUCCUCAUGUUGCAUGUGCCACGUCAUGAAGAAGCUUCUAUCAACCGUUGGAGUCCACCCAACAGUGAUCGAGAUCGAUGAGGAAGAGAUCGCUUGCCUCGCCGUUCAAGCCGCUCCGGUGCUUUUCAUCGGUGGUGCUUGUGUCGGUGGGUUUGAGUCUUUAGUCGCACUUCACCUUAGUGGUCAGCUUAUUCCUAGACUCGUCGAGGUUGGAGCCUUGUGGGAAUAAUUGUGGCUCUUUUUAUAACAUAUGACUCUUACGAAAAUCUGGGAAGCCAACUGAAGUGAAAAGUAGUCAUUAGUACUACAAUAGGUCAUCGAUGACCGUUCUUUAUUAAAUAGUGACCUCGAAGUUAUGAAAAUCUAUAAUAUUAUUUGUU